AUGCGCUCUCCCAUUGCCCUUACCCUCGCCCUGCUGGGUGCUGCUCAGCUCGGAGAGUCUGCCUCAGCUGGCUGUGGCAAGGCUGCUCCCCAGAGCGGUACCAAGUCCAUGCAGGUCAACGGCAAGAACCGUGAAUACAUCCUUCAGGUUCCCCAGAACUACCAGCCCAACAAGCCCCACCGACUUGUCUUUGGCUACCACUGGCGUGAUGGCAACAUGAACAACGUUACCCAGGGCGGCUUCUAUGGUCUUCAGGGUCUCGCUGCCAGCUCUACCCCUACCAUCUUCAUUGCCCCCAACGGUCUUAACGCUGGCUGGGCCAACCAGGGUGGCGAGGACAUCAAGUUCACCGAUCAGAUGCUCGCCUUUGCUAAGGCCAACCUCUGCAUUGAGGAGAAGCAGGUCUUUGCUACUGGAUGGAGUUACGGAGGAUCCAUGAGCCACAGCGUCGCUUGUUCUCGACCCAACGACUUCGCUGCCGUUGCUGUUAUCUCUGGUGCUCAGCUCUCCGGCUGUGACGGUGGCAACACCCCCACUGCCUACCUCGGUAUACACGGUUCUUCCGACAACGUCCUGGGCAUCAACCUUGGUCGCCAGCUGCGCGACAAGUGGAUUGGCACCAACGGCUGCCAGCAGAAGAACGUCGUCGACCCCAACCCUGGUGCUCAGAACCACGUCAAGACCACCUACACCUGCAGCCGCAAGCCCGUUACCUGGGGUGCCCACGGAGGUGGCCACAUCCCCGAUCCCACUGGCACCAACGGCGUCAAGUUCGCCCCUGGUGAGACCUGGAGCUUCUUCAACGCUGCCGUUGGUGGUAGCGCUAAGGCUCGCUGCUAA